CAUGAACCUUCACCCAUCAUGGAAGCAAGGAAGAGGAUGGAGGAUGUAGGCUGAAGAUUGCUGCAGUCUCUUCAUGGGAGCUGAGCAAUAAGACAUGAUGGGUUGAUAAGUAAGCGUUCCUUUUGAUAACCAAGCUUUGUGUAAUGAUGGCACCACAAGAAUAUAAACUGUAAGCGAACAACAUUUAUCAGUAGUUCAAGUUGAAUUUGCUUCAAAAUGGCUGAAGCAAUACCAAGAUGUCCUGCUGAUUUUUCUGCAGCAGAUGAUUUAUCACUGCCUACACCUUCCUCCCCACUGAUGGCACAUAUGAACCCACUACAUAUCCGAGAGAGAAGCAACAGUGAGUCAGACAUUGCUACACUUAGUCCACAAAACCUGUCGUGUCUGGAAGUGGACCGCAGCUUUGUGGACCUGUCAAGUGACAGCACCAUCAGAGUUCAAUGGGACAUCAAAGAAGAUGUGGGCUCCAACGACCUAAUUGGUCUUUAUCCUUCAGGUGAGACCGACUCCUCCAAGUUUUUGGACAGUAAGAAUCGUGGUGUGAAUGGUGGACAAACAGGUCAGAUUCUGUGGGACCUGACUGAGGUCACGCAUCAUUUUACAGACGUGGAAUCCCGUAUAACAUUCAAGUAUUUCCUGGGAACAACCGGAGAGUUGGUUGCCACAAGUCAGUCGGUGUGUGUAAAGAAUCCAAUGGUCACCUCACAAACAGAGGAAGAUGGUACAGUGACUAUUGUGGAAAGCAAGGAAGAAUCUGCGGCUAAACUUAACAAACUAAAGCUAACUAUUGCAGAUGUGGAAGCAACAAAUCUUAAAAAAGGAAUGUUUUUUAACCCUGACCCCUACAUCAAGAUGACAAUCCACCCGGGAAAGUUAUGUCCGUCCACCUCCCACCAUCAUCACGAGUUACGGAGCAAUAUUUGUCCCAACACUACCAACCCUCACUGGCCCCACGCGACUUUCGCAUUGGAGUCCUAUCCGACUGAUAUUAUGGAGUUUGAAAUCAAAGACAAAUUUGCCAAAAGUCGUCCAACAAUCAGUCGGUUCUUGGGCAGGGCAUCACUGACUGUACAGAAAGUCAUAGACAAAUCUGGCAGGGGUCCUACAGCCUUCUCCCUGGACCUGACAAAAAGAAAUCCAUCUGAUAGUGUCAGUGGUAUGUUAAAGUUUAGUGCUGGUAUAGAUAAGUGGAAGGAGGGAGACACGGCCAAACGCAAGACCGCUAUACUGAAACAUGCCCAGUCUGAAGAUGAAGGUCACACAAACAGAGAAAGGAAGCCAAAUUUCCGGAAGUCCUCAUUACCAGAAAAUAUUGCCCUGCAAAAGACUGUAAAUCGAUGCCCAAUGCACCACCAAACUGACCUCGAACUGGCUUUGACAGCCAAGGACAGUAACUCCGAGGACCAGGAGGAUUCUGGGAUAUCGAUGUACAACAUCUCAGGCUCCCAGAACCGUAUCCCUGGAGACGUGGACAUUGACUUGGUGGAGAAUAAAGAGGAACUACUUAGUUGCAGUCCUCCAAAUCUUGCAUCAGUUCCGAGUAUAAUAUGUGAUUUCCAUAACCAUCUUGAUGUACCCAACUCACGGACUGAUGAAACUGUGACUCCGUCUAGUAGUGAUAAUUCUGGGGGAUCCGAGAUCACCCCUGAGCCAAACCACCCACACUUGGUCCCAUCACUGGAUGCAUGGGUGACCACAACUUUGUCUAAUGAUGACCACAGCCUCACAGCCCCCAGUGUUGCCUCGGAUUCAUCUGAUGGCUGGAGUGCAGCCGUGUCCUCCGACCAUGUGGUGGACAGUAAUGGAGAUAUGGACAUAACAGGAUUAGAGUCAGCUGCGGCAUUGGAGGCUGAGGCCUGUGGUCAAACAAGGGCUAGGAAGCCUUUACCUGUGAUACCCAGUAACACUCCUCAAUCAAGUGGUCAGGAUUCAAGGGAAAACACAUCUAGUGGUCAUACAUCACCUAGAGAGGGGAUAUCAUGUGGUCUUUCUUUUCCAAGGGAGGGGACAUCACAUGGUCUCUCUUCUCCUAGGGAGGAGACAUCAGGUGGUGUCUCAUCUCCUAGGGAACAGACAUCAGGCGGUGUCUCUUCUCCUAGGGAGGGGACAUCUUGUGGUCUCACUUCUCCUGGAAAUGUGAUAGCUGGGGAUCUUUCCUUGCCAGUAACAUGUGGUAGUGUAACUAAUAUGAAUGUGAUAGUUUCGGAUGUGACUUCUGCGGAUGUGAUAAAUUCUAAUGUGACUUCUAUGGAUGUGAUAGCUAGUAUUGUGAUGUCGCCUUUAGAGGAGCAAGGUGACAGUCCCCUAGGGUGUGUGAUAGGUGAGGAAACGUCUCUGGGGCACGAGCUGGAUGGAGUGGAGAACAGGGCAGGAAGUGUGGUAUCUAAUGGAGAGACAGUUACACCAUGUGUGGCACCACCUAGCCUGCCUCCUCGGACAUACAAAGCUCCACCACUGCCACCAAGACAGCGGAGUGAUGAUGCACCCCCUUUACCACCUCGUACGCCAGAGCGGAAUGACAAACCCUCCUUCACCCCAGGGGCACUAAUGAGCCCAGGGACUACUUCUAUAGUACCAGACCCUGGGUCAUUAGAGCCACCGCCUCCUCCCCUUCCCCCUCGUAGGUACAGCCCUAUCCCCCAUCUCUCUGUAGGUGCAGGUGCUGUUGGGGCAGUUAUAGAGCGCGAGGAUAGUGCUAGCGACCGAAACAGCUUUGAUAGCAUGGAAACAUUUCAGGGCUCACAGGAGAACCUUUUAUCUGAAUCACCCAAUGUGAUAGGCGCCGAGGGUGCAACACCUCGCCCACGUGCCAUGCGUACAGACACUGAUGCCCCAGGGCUUGAGGAAGAGGGUGGUAAGAAACGACGCAGGAGGAAAAAGAAUUCUGGUGAUAGUAGUAGUAAUAAUAGUAGUGUAAGUGAAUCGCCUCAACAUACUGGCAGUAAAAGUGGGGCCAGUAGACACAAUGUAAGUGAGCCACCUCCACCCCAGGGCAGUAAGAGUGGAGGUAAUAGACACAGCACCAGUGAUACAGCUCUGUCCCCAUGUAGUAAGGUAGGAGGUAAUAGACAUAGCACCAGUGGAGCAGGGGGUAAUGGUACAGUGUUUGCUCAGCUUGCCAUGCUUCCCUCCAUAGAGUCAGUUGUGUCAAGGGACUCCCGUCGAUCCUCGACCAGCCCAAGUUCACGAUCGUUGGAGGUAAGUCCACGUGCUAGUCCGUUAUCUAUGCAAACUUCAUACUCUGACUCUGUGUCGGACAGGUCGCGUUACACCAAUCGACGCAGCCUUCCGCACAACGAUACAACCUUCAAACAGGCAGACCUUCUCCACACCACGCCUCAGCGACCCAAGCUAGACAGACAUUCAGGAAUCAUAUCUGCCACUCCAAACAGCGCCUCACCCCCCAGGGUUGUGCCUAGGGGCAGGAUUCUCAGUGAAGAGGAGAAACAACAGAAUAGGGAACAAAUUGUUCAGCAAUUACAGAAAUGGACUCAAAAAUUGAAGGAUAAGGGAAGAAGUGAUACGGACGACACAUUGUCAGUCACAAGUAGUGAAGGAACAGUAAGCGGUUGUGAUAAUUUAAGUUUUCAGAAUGAUGCAACAGGUCUUUUAGCUCCCCAGGUCCCCACCAGUGCCCAGCCUCCCUCCCAGUCUCUGGCUUCUCCCACAGCUGGCAGCAGGGGCUCGUUGGCAUCUAACUCCUCCGAGGUUCUAAGUUCUACUGCUGAGGGUGGUAACAGAACCGACCAGGCUGAUGGUGUUCAGCCUAGUAAUGGUAAAACCAGUGAUGCGGCGUCUCCUUCCAAUGCAGUAGUCUGGCAACUACGACAGCCUCAGCAAAAUGCUGCCAGCUCAAGUCAAAGCCAGCGCCAGAGUAAAGAAGGUAGCCAGUCCCCGCUGCCAAAGCUUCCUGCCAGAAAGAAGUAUGUUCGUGUGGAGCCCACCCCAGGGGAUGAACCCCUGCCCCCAGGCUGGGAGGCCAGAGUGGACAGUCAUGGGCGUAUAUUCUACAUAGAUCACAUCAACCGUACCACUACAUGGCAGAAACCUCAGAACGGUCAGCGAGCAGUCCAGAGACGGCCGACCAUCAGCUCUGAACAGCUACAGCAGCUAGACAGAAGAUAUCAAAGUAUUAGGAGAACCAUCACCCAGAGCCAGCAGGACACUGAGAACACAUCAGCCGAGAGCACUUCAUCAGGAGGGAGUGACAAUAGUCCCCAGACAUCAGCCCAGUCUAGAAUCCCUGUACCUCCCCCACCGACACUACCACCCGCAGAAAUCCAGGACAACAGACUUCCAGCAAUCAAGUUUCUCACCCGGUCCGACUUCUUCCCAAUUCUACAGAGCAAUGAUAGAGCUAUGGUGGAGUACAACCGCAAUGGAACGUUGAAACAUAUGAUUAGCAAAAUCCGACGAGAUGCCAAAAAUUUUGAUCGGUAUCAACAUAAUCGGGACCUUGUGUCUUUUAUGAAUCUAUUUGUUGAUACAAAUAUAGAACUUCCUUCUAAUUGGGAGAUGAAGUUUGACCGCAGUGGAAAGCAUUUUUUCAUCGACCACCAUCGCCGACUGACAACUUUUAUAGAUCCACGCCUACCCACAGAUGUCCCUCCAAUAAACCCAGAUUUCCUCCAUACUUCGCUCUUCCGCAACAGGUCCCGGCCAACUGUCGAUGAGCCAAGUCGACUUCAGCAUGCCCCUCCGCCCCCUCCGCGACACGUGGCAGUGACGGAGGUAGAAGAUGUACCCACAAGUGAGUCAGCAUUAGUUGACUGUAAUACAUCCUACAACGACAAGGUUGUGGCCUUCCUUAGACAGCCAAACUUGCCAGACAUUCUAAAGGAAACGUAUCAGGGCUUUAGCAGUCACCGUCUACGUGACAGAAUCAACAGGAUACGCUCCGAAGGAACAGAGGCCCUGGACAAAAUGUGCAAUGAUAUGGAUCUCAUUUUACUUUUGAGUGUAUUUGAAAAUGACAUAAUGUCAUAUGUGCCUCCCCACUUGGUCCUCACUAGGACUGAAUCACCAGGGGAAACGCCACAGGGCUCACCUAUUGUUCAGAGAGCCAACGUAAGAGUACCUGCUCCGUACAAACGAGAUUUCCAAGCGAAACUGAGAAGUUUUUACAGGAAGUUAGAGUCCAAAGGAUAUGGCCAGGGGCCUUCCAAGUUAAAGUUGAUGGUGAGGAGAGAUCAUGUAUUAGAAGACUCGUUUAACAAGAUCAUGUCUACUCCCAAAAAGGAGCUGAUGAAGAGUAAAUUGUACAUCACAUUUGUGGGCGAGGAAGGGUUAGACUAUGGAGGCCCUUCUAGAGAGUUUUUCUUCCUCCUGUCACGUGAGCUCUUCAAUCCCUACUACGGUCUGUUUGAGUAUUCUGCUAACGACACCUACACCGUACAAAUUAGUCCUAUGUCUACUGUGGUGGAAAAUAAUCUCGAGUGGUUCCGCUUCGCUGGUCGAGUGUUGGGACUCGCUGUUGUUCAUCAGUAUUUAUUGGAUGCUUUCUUCACCCGACCAUUCUACAAGGCAUUACUGCGAGUUUCGUGGUCACUAGGAGAUGUUGAGGCGCUGGACGCUGAAUUCCAUCAGAGCUUGAUGUGGGUGAAAGAAAACGACAUUACAGAAUUAGAUAUGGACCUCACCUUCUCAGUCAAUGAGGAAGUGUUUGGACAGGUGACUGAGAGAGAACUGAAGCUAAAUGGGAAAACCUUGGCUGUGACAGAGAAGAAUAAGAAAGAGUAUAUUGAGAGGAUGGUAAAGUGGAGAUUGGAGAGAGGAGUUACGGAGCAGACUGAGGGACUCAUCCGUGGCUUCCACGAGGUCCUGGAUGGUCGCCUUGUGUCCAUGUUCGAUGCACGGGAACUAGAGUUGGUGAUAGCUGGAACAGUAGAAAUAGAUGUCCAUGAUUGGAGGAGGAAUACUGAGUACAGAUCUGGCUAUCAUGAUCAACACCCUGUGGUGCAGUGGUUCUGGACAGCCAUAGAAAAGUUUGACAAUGAAAGGAGACUUCGACUCCUACAGUUUGUAACAGGUACCUCCAGUAUACCUUAUGAAGGUUUCUCUGCUCUGCGGGGAAGUAAUGGACCAAGGAAGUUCUGUAUAGAGAAAUGGGGUCGAGUCACUAGCCUACCUAGGGCCCACACAUGUUUCAACCGACUAGAUCUGCCUACCUACACCUCCUUUGACAUGCUGUUUGAGAAGUUGGUGACGGCUGUGGAAGAAACGAGCACGUUUGGAAUAGAAUGAGACUGUCGCCUUGGUUAUAAGUCACCAAGUGGGACAUGCGAUGUUAUGUUACCAUAUACCAUCGGAACUAGUUCUGUUUUACCUCUACGUAAGGAAAUGCCUAAGAGACAGCUGGAUAGUUUCAAACUUCAGGGAGCAGGGUUAAAUUUACACUGUGGUGACAUGAAGUCUGUAGGAGUAGGACCAACACUGAAGUCACACUUCCUUUAUCGUGUAGUCAUCACCAACACAAGUUAACGAUUUCCCCUGCCAUUGAUCAUUGGCGUGGCUUAAUUGUUAUAAGAAACUGUUAUCAGUAAAUUCUUUCGAGUUAUUCGCUAAUGAAAUGUUGGCAAGAGGUUGACAUGUUUGGUUUACAUCUUGAAAUCCAUACACAUAGUGCUUGGUCAGUUCUGUCAAGUGCUGUAAGAAUCUCGCUCAAAACCCAAUAUCAGAAGAUUGUGAAUUUGUGUAUGUUACGAUGUGUAGUGAAGUGUUGUUUGGCUUUUUACAUUUAAUGAUACAUAUCUCAAAUACAUUAUAAAAAAUUCAUGUGAAAUACCACAGGUUUAUACACUUUAUAGUGGUACACUGAUAAUUACAAUUUCUACCUGUGGGGAAUGUUUUACCUUACAUAGGUAAAGUUCUACCUGUAAGGCAUUACUUUCAUAAUUACCUGUUCUACCUGUAUAAUUGUUUUACCUUACAUAGAUAUUAAAGUUUUUCUAGUAGGAAUUCCUCUCCUAUAUUUCACCCCUUUUAUAGAGGCAUAAUAGAAAUGAUAUUCUUGUGUUGUAACUCUCAACCAAUUUCUUAUCAUUGACAUGAAAUACAAAUGUAUGACAACUUUUCCUCUUGCUUAUACUUCAUAAAGACACAAACCUUGUCUUCUGGGGACCACUUGAGUAUUCUUCUUGAGCAUAAAAAUAUCAGUGAUUUGGAAUAUCAACAGGUUUGACAAACAUUAGCCUCAGCUCUAAGUACUGCAUACAAGGAAAUUUCACCCUUCACAAGCAUCUACAUUCGCCCGCUGUUCAUUUUGCCCUUAUAUGUUAUACUUAUUCGACAUACUAAUAUUUGGUAUCAUGAUAGUUACAUCGUUAUUUCAGACAGCAAACAAGCAGAAGUUAAACUGUGAUGGAAAUUUCACUAUACAACUACAAUCCACAUUUGCCCAGUGUUCAUUUCGCCCUUUGUAUGUAAUUUUUAUGCCUGCGUACUAAAAGUCGCUGUCAUGAUAAUUUCAUCCUCAUUACUGAGGGCAAACAAGGCGAAA